UUCAAGAAGUGUCACGUGAACUUUGUCAUGGGGCUUGUAAAAUGGCGUUCUGCUCGUAAAUAAACCCUUAACCUUAGGAGUUGAGUAUAGAGUUGUGUACGUGUACGUGUGUGUCUGCGCUCGGUUACCACAGAUCUGAACUUUGUACAAGCUUAAGAUUGGCCAUUUUAAAGCAUUCUGAUCGAGAGUCAUACUAACCAAUUAUGUCGAGCAAGUUUGGAGAGAAUAUUCGCGGGCUGACUGUGUUCAUCUCAGACAUCAGAAACUGCAAGUCGAAGGAGGCAGAGAGAAAGAGGAUCAACAAAGAGUUGGCCAACAUCAGAUCAAAGUUUAAGAAUGAUAGACUGGAUGGAUACCAGAAGAAGAAGUAUGUGUGUAAACUGGUAUUCAUCUUUCUUCUUGGUAAUGACAUUGACUUUGGCUAUCAAGAGGCGGUCAACCUUCUCUCCAGCACACGAUUCUCAGAGAAACAGAUUGGCUAUCUGUUUGUUAGUGUGAUGAUCGGGGGCAAUCAUGAACUGAGUCAGCUCAUCAACCAGUCCAUCCGCCAUGACCUCGAGUCUAGUAUCCCUGUGUUCAACACUCUAGCCAUGCAGUGUAUCGCUAACGUGGCCAAUAAAGACAUGGCAGAACAACUGGCCAAGGAUGUACCACCUCUUCUUGUCAGUGAUCGUACUAAUGCUGUAAAGCAGACUGCUGCUCUGUGCCUCCUUCGUCUCCUGAGGGUCAACCCACAAGCUGUGUCCAUAGACCAGUAUGCUGUCAAGAUUGUACAGCUAAUCAACGAGAAACACAUGGGUGUAGUGACUGCUGCCUGUAGUCUACUGGAGGAGCUGGCCCAUAUCAACUCCCUGGGCUUCAGUGAGUGUGUACCACUGGCUGUCACUAAGCUCUUCAAGAUUGUGACCUCAUCCUCGAGUGACUGGCAGGACUAUACCUACUACUUUGUGGCAGCUCCCUGGGUUAGUGUCAAGCUCAUGAGACUGCUGCAAUGCUUCGAUAGCCCUACUGACCCAGUGGUGAGGGCCAGACUGUGUGAGGCACUGGACUCCAUUGUCAACAAGGCACAAGAACCCAACAAGUCUAAGAAGGUCCAAUACACGAAUGCCAAGCACUGUGUUCUCUUUGAGGCCAUCAACCUCAUCCUGCAUUUCCAAGGUGACCCCAGCCUCCAAGUGAGAGCUGCCAACCUCUUAGGUGGGUUCCUCACACACAAGGAUGUGAACAUGCGCUACCUUUCUCUGGAAAGCCUCAGCCAUCUUGCCAUCUCUGAUCUCACUAGAGAAGCCAUUAAGAAACAUCAGUCUGUUGUCCUGGAAACUCUAAUGACUGAGAAGGACAUCAGUGUACGUCAGCGUGCCAUUGACCUCCUCUACGCCAUGUGUGAUCAGUCCAAUGCUGUGGAUAUUGUGGGACAACUCAUGCCUUAUCUGGAGAAGGCAGAUUACUCCAUCAGGGAAACCUUGGUUUUGAAGAUAGCUAUUUUGGCUGAGAAGUUUGCCACUGAUUUCAAAUGGUAUGUGGAUAUCAUCCUGAACCUCAUCCGAUUGGCCGGUGACUACGUGGGUGAAGAGGUGUGGUAUAGAAUCAUUCAGAUCAUCAUCAACAAACAAGAUGUCCAGGGCUAUGCUGCAAAGACUUGCUUCGAGGCACUGCAAGCUCCAGCCUGUCAUGAGAAUAUGGUGAAAGUGGGAGGCUAUAUCCUGGGAGAGUUUGGCAACCUCAUAGCUGGUGAUGCUAGAUCCAGUCCACUGGUCCAGUUUCAGUUACUCCAUUCCAAGUACCACUUGUGUUCAGCCAGCACGCGAGGUAUACUGCUCUCCUCAUACGUCAAGUUCAUCAAUCUCUUCCCUGAGAUAAAGCCACAGAUACAGGAGGUUCUCAACUCUGACAACCAGUCACGUAAUUCAAACCAGGAGCUUCAACAAAGAGCAAUCGAGUACAACAAGCUAGCCACCAUCGGCACCUCAGACCUUCUGGCGACGGUUCUGGAGGAGAUGCCAGCCUUCCCUGAGCGUGAGUCCUCACUCCUCUCCAAGCUGCAUGAGAGUGCUCCCUGGACUGCAAAGCUGCAUAAAGAUGUCACCUCACCAGCGAGUCAGCCAUCACCAGAGAGAGAACCCAGCAGCACAGUCUCCAAUGGACCCACACAAUCACCAGCUGUUAACAUUGGGAUGCCUAUAGAGCCACUCAUCAACACAGAUCUCAUCACCCCCUCCACCACCACCAAUAGUGGAGGCAACCUGUUGGUGGAUGUGUUUGCUGUUGAACCCGUGGCCACACCCCCUGCCCCUCCCACUGGUGACAUUGUCUCCCCUGGUGCAGAGGAAGGGUUCAAUAGAUUCCUCACUAAGAGCAAUGGUGUACUCUUUGAGAAUGACAUGCUGCAGAUUGGUGUCAAGUCAGACUUUAAGAAGAACCUGGGACGGAUAGGGGUGUUCUUUGGUAACAAGUCUACCAGUCCUCUCAAGAACUUUUCCUCAGCUCUGACUCUCCCAGGAGAUCUAGCCUCCUCUCUUGGUGUGGUUGCUAAACCUAUUGCCACUUCCAUAGAGGGUGGAGCACAAGUACAGCAAGUCAUUGAUGCUACAGCCCUCAACAUCUACACUGAGGCACCUCGUCUGGCCAUCACCUUCAAUUUGGGUGGGACUCCUCAUAGCUUUGUCCUUAAGUUACCCGUCCCCAUCUCCAAGUACUUGGAGGCUACCACUCUCUCUUCAGCUGACUUCUUUCAGAGAUGGAAGGCACUUGCCAGCCCCCAACAAGAAGCUCAGAGUGUUUUCCCAGCUAAGUACCCCAUAGAGUAUGCGUCUGCAAAAACAAAAUUGUUGGGAUUUGGACUGUCAGUGAUCAGUGACAUUGAUCCUAACCCUGACAACUUUGUCUCAGCUGGCAUUGUCAACACCACUUCAGUCCUAGUGGGCUGUCUAGUACGUCUGGAGCCUAACAAACAGACAAAGAUGUAUCGACUGACAAUUAGGACAUCCAACGAAACCAUUUCCAAGGAAUUCUGUGACAUUCUAUCCAAGCAAUUUUAGCAUUGUAACUGUGUUUGUCUUAGCUAGGUAUCAAAUAGAUUAUGACUGCAUAUACUGAUUGCUUUGACCAUGUGUUGUAUAUUAUUAUUAUAAUAGAGAUUAUUCACUUUCUGUUGUAUAUAAUUAUUAUUAUGAAUUGUUGGCAGUAGUAUGCAUGCAUAUGCUUGUUGUGAGUGUCGCUUCUUGUUUUUAUUUGUGUCCUUAUAGAUUAUUAAAAAGUUAUACUGAUCAA